AUGGCGAAUCUAGAGCCAGGUAUAUUUGACAGGGGUGCCCUGUCAUUUAUGUGUUAUGAGGACGCUUUCCCACAGGAGGCGUGGGAGAGGAAGCGAAAGAUGAGGAAUGCAAAAGAGCUUCCUAAACCAGCAAUGCUUCCCAUUACCAGCAAAAUAAAAGAAGCUAGCCAAUGGGUUGCUAAGCACAAUAGUGUGAAAGUGGAGAGGAACCAGUCUGGGAACAACACUCCACCUCCCCCUCCAUCAAGUUCCGGGAGCGACACACCAUCCCCUCCUCCAUUAAGUUCCAGGAACAGGUCAGGGAACAACAUCCCACCACCUCCUCCAUUUAUUUCCAGGAACCAGCUAGGGAACAACAUCCCAUCCCCUCCUCCAUUAAGUUUCAAGAACCACUCAGGGAGCAACACCCCACCCCCUCCAUUAAGUUGCUGGAACCAGUCAGGGAGCUACACUCCACCUCCCCCUCCAUCAAGUUCCGGGAGCGACACACCACCCCCUCCUCCAUUAAGUUCCAAGAACAGGUCAGGGAACAACAUCCCAUCCCCUCCUCCAUUAAGUUCAAAGAACCAGUCAGGGAGCAACAUCCCACCCCCUCCUCCAUUAAGUUGCUGGAACCAGUCAGGGAGCAACAUCCCACCCCCUCCUCCAUUAAAUUGCCGGAAUCAGUCAGGGAACAGCACCUCACCCCUUCCUCUAUUUAGUUCCGGAAGCGAAUCAGACACCGUAUCAGCUCCUACCUCUACUGUUCAUAAUCUACACUAUGCCCAUUUAGGCCAUUAUAUAAGGGACAAAUUUCACAAUCAACAAAUUUGUGACAUGGCCUUUAAAGUGGGAGAAAAAAUUAUACCAGUCCAUAGGAUCGUCUUAGGGUCACAAAGUCCAUUUUUUGCCAGCAUAUUUGAAAGGGACUCGUUUUCUCCUGAGGCAGUUGCACCAAAAAUAAUUAAGGUGCGUGGUGUAUCGGAGGAGUCUGUAAUGUUAUUUCUGGAGUUUUUAUAUUCCGGAAACAUCAGCAUCAAAACAACAGUCAUUGCUGACCUUCUGAAAUUAGCACGUGUCUUUCACGUUCAAAAAAUCCAAAGACUGUGCCUGAAUCAGGUAAAAGAGGCCAGCAACGAAGAAUUACUCAAUAUUCUGCCAAUUGUGAAAGGUAUAGAAGAAAUAGAGUAUUGUGAUAACAUCAUGAAAGUAAUAGGAAAAAACUUUCUUGAUGUUAAGGAAAGCACAUCAUUUUUCAACUUGGAUAUUGACACAUUGUGCAUGAUUUUAUCACAUGACACAUUAACCACUAAAUCCGAGCUGGAUGUAUUUUGUUCGGCCAUCUCAUGGAUGCACCAUCAUGAUUUUGAAAAUAGAAUCCGACAUUUAGAAAAACUCAUGAGGUGUGUGAGAUUUCCUUUGAUGUCAAAAAAAGAGCUAUUCCGCUGCUUCAAAAUGUUUCCAGCUUUGCGAAAUGAGCCAAAAUGUGUGGAAAUGAUUACUAUGGCCAAUUGGAUUCAGACCUCAUAUUCCUUACAUGAAGUGGACCCAUUAGAUAACUUAGUACCCAGGGAAAGGAAUAAUUUACACAGCAGCCAAAGUGUCAGCAGCUUCAUAAAAACCAAUUCAAGCACUGUUGUUUUGAAUGAGCCACCUGUUGAAGUUGAGGUGAGCCAGAUGCCAGAUGAUAUGGUUCGGGAUUUCAACUCCCAUGCCUUCAUGCGGAGCGCCAGCUCUACAUCCGCACACUCAGAUGGCUAUGCUAGAGUUGAACAGUACGGCACCUCAAAAAGUAAAACAUUCACACGCAGGAAAGUCAAGGAUAUUAAAAAAGAAAACAACAGGAGGACUGGGAAAAAAAUCCCUAAAGAUUCACCCAUCAGAAAGUUAUUUUCGUUGGAUUUUUAAUGGUUUUGUACAUGUUGUAAUAGUUGUAGUUUUUUCGAAUUAUUUUAUUGUUUUUUUUUUAGUGUUAAAUGUUUUCCUAUUAGUGUAUUUUUUUUCUUCGGUGUUUCAAUUU